UCUAACACCUGUGGUGCAUUCCAGAGUCCCGUUGUUGAAACAUGUCCCUCUAUAGCUUUGGAUUGGAGCCUCUGUCCUGUCAUGCCUGGAACAAAGACCGAACACAAAUCGCCCUUAGCCCCAACACCAAUGAUGUGCACAUUUACCAAAAGAAAGGAAAGGAAUGGAUUAAGAUUCAUGAACUGACAGAGCACAGUGGGCGAAUCACAGGGGUUGAUUGGGCCCCAGAGUCCAACCGUAUAGUGACAUGUGCCUCCGAUAGGAAUGCCUAUGUGUGGACACUUAAGGAUGGGGUUUGGAAGCCAACACUGGUGCUGGUUCGCAUCAAUCGAGCUGCCACAUGUGUCAAGUGGUCACCUCUUGAGAACAAGUUUGCUCUUGGAAGUGGAGCCAAACUUAUUUCAGUGUGCUACUUUGAAAAAGAAAAUGACUGGUGGCUGAGUAAGCAUAUCAAGAAACCCAUUAACUCCACCGUUCUGAGUCUAGACUGGCAUCCCAACAACAUGCUGCUGGCAGCUGGCUCUGCUGAUCUCAACUGCAGAAUUUUUUCUGCAUAUAUCAAAGACAUUGAGGACAGGCCUGGACCAACACCAUGGGGAUCCAAAAUGCCCUUUGGGGAGGUGCUUCUGGAGUAUAAGGAGUGCGGAGGCUGGGUGCACAGUGUCUGUUUCUCUCCAUCUGGUGAUGCUCUUGCCUGGGUUAGCCACAACAGCGCCAUCAGUGUGGCAGACGCCUCACAGGGAAAACAGGUUACUCAGCUGACAACAAGACAUCUUCCAUUGCUGAGCUUGCUGUAUGUCAGUGAGACUCAGAUUGUAGCUGCGGGCCACGACUGUUGCCCUUAUCAGUUCUCAUACAAGGGUCCUGGAUGCUUAGAGUUUGUGAAGAAAGUGGACAUUCCCAAGCAGAGCUCCAAGGGCAACAUGUCUGCCAUGCAGCAUUUCCGUAAUCUGGACAAAAGAGCGACUGAUGAGGAAGACACUGAGUUGGGCAGUCUGCAUCAGAACAGCAUCACCCAACUAUGUAUUCUGGAAGGGCUGAAGGCCAAGGUGGAGAAAUUCAGCAGUGUGUCUUUAGAUGGUGCCAUGGUUGUCUGGGAUUUCAAGCACUGAAACACCAUGGGAUCUGGAGAGAGCAGAAAACAAUAACUUUGUACCAUCUUUUUUUAUUUGUUUGUUUUCUCAGACACUUUUUUUGCAUUAACUACAAUACUUACACUUUAAAGUAAUUAUAGCCUAUUGAUAUAAUGAUGUACUGUGGUGUGAUGGCUGAUCCCAAACUUCUUGUUGUUCAAUAGCUUUUGUGCAGUAUUAAUUAAUCUAAACAGUGCAAAAAUAAAUGACCAUUUAGCACCAAAAAGAGAAUUAACUUUGUAUGAAAUGACGAUCAUAAAUGCACAUUUCAUUUUCUAUUCCAAAUGUGCUGCUAAAGAAAGAACACAGAUUCUGCAUUUUAUGUUUUGU